UUCUAUAUAAAAUUAGAACAGCGGGAUAGUUUGAGACGCAGAGAAAAUCGAAAUGGAAAUCAAACAUUUCACGAGACAGCUACUGAGUUUGCUUCUUCUUCCUUGUAUGUUCUCUUUUUCAUUUGCUGCAAUGGCAAACUCAGCUUUAGAAAUUAAAGCUGUUAAUCUUGGUGGGUGGCUCGUCACUGAAGGAUGGAUAAAACCGUCUCUGUUCGACGGAAUUCCCAACAAAGAUCUCUUGGACGGAACCCAACUCCAGCUUAAGUCUGUUAAGUUGGGGAAAUAUCUCUGCGCAGAGAGUGGCGGAGGAACCAUCAUAGUUGCGAACCGAACUAGUGCUUCGGGCUGGGAAACCUUCAAAUUGUGGAGGAUCAAUGAGACAACAUUUCAGUUCAGGGUAUUCAACAAACAGUUCGUGGGCCUAGAUGUUCUAGGAAAUAGUACUAACGUAGUAGCCGUUUCAAACAUCUCUGGUACAUCAGAAACCUUUGAGAUUGUGAGGAAUACUAACGAUUCUACUCGAGUUCGAAUCAGAGCUUCAAACGGGUUCUACUUACAGGCGAAAACGGAGAAUUUGGUCACAGCAGAUUCGGCAGGGAGUGGAGAAUGGACAGACGAUGAUCCAUCGGUUUUCGAGUCAAGUAUUGUUGGGACCAUGCGGGGUGAGUUCCAAGUCACAAACGGUUAUGGCCCCGACAAAGCCCCACAAGUUAUGCAGGAGCAUUGGAGCACAUUCAUCGUCGAGGAUGAUUUCAAGUUCAUAUCAGAGAAUGGAUUAAAUGCUGUAAGAAUUCCAGUAGGUUGGUGGAUAGCAAGCGAUCCAAACCCACCUAAACCCUAUGUGGGGGGUUCUUUGAAUGCCUUGGACAAUGCCUUCUUAUGGGCACAGAACUACAGUGUGAAGGUUAUCAUUGAUCUACACGCAGCACCAGGCUCCCAAAAUGGUUACGAACACAGUUCGUCGAGAGAUGGAUCUCAAGAAUGGGGAAAUACAGAUGAAAACAUACAGCAAACAGUCUCAGUUAUAGACUUCCUCACUGCUAGGUACGCGAAGAACCCAAGCCUACUUGCAGUAGAGCUUAUUAACGAGCCUCUAGCACCAGGUGCAACUCUAGAGAGCCUGAACAAGUACUACAAAGCAGGUUACAAUGCCGUAAGGAAUCACUCGUCGGAGGCGUAUGUGGUGUUGUCCAACCGCAUUGGAUCUUCUGAUGCAAAGGAGUUCUUCCCUCUAGCCAGUGGGCUUAAUGGUUCUGUAAUUGAUGUCCAUUAUUAUAACCUCUUCUCUGAUAUGUUCAAUAACAUGACUGUGCAACAGAAUAUAGACUUCAUCUAUACCAACAGAUCAGCUCAACUGAACAACAUCACAACCUCAAACGGACCUCUCACAUUUGUUGGUGAAUGGGUAGCAGAGAUGCAAGUGCAGGGAGCAUCAAAAGAGGACUAUCAGAAGUUUGCAAAAGCCCAAUUAGAGGUAUAUGGGAAUGCCACGUUUGGAUGGGCCUAUUGGGCAUUAAAGAACGUUAACAACCAUUGGAGUUUGGAGUGGAUGAUCCAAAAUGGUUACAUCAAGCUUUAGUUUUUUGUGUCUUCUAUCUUCUUCUUCAUUUUCUUUCUCUAUCUCUUUCUCUUUCAAAGUCAUUUAAGCUCUUUUUCAUGCUUGAAAGGAUCU